CAAAAUGUCUCCUAAAAGGUUGCUGCUGUGGAGCAGAGAAUGAGGAGGCAGCGACUGAACAGAACUUUUUUUUGAGAGUUUCACAGGCAUGGAAUCCCCAGUUACCUUUGUCUUCCCAGAAGAGCCACCCCUGUGAGAGUUGUGGACUAGUCUUGGGAAACAUUUUCCACGUGAUGGAGCUGCAGGGAACACAACACGGACAGAUAAUGUUGAGGUGUGGGGCAUGUGCAAAACGGUUUUACUUCAGUGUAAAUAUUCACCAAUGGCAUGUGAGAGAGAAGACUUUCAUUAGAGGUGUGGACAGGAGCUCCCUUGUAAACAGUUACAAUUUCAAUGGGUCCCAAAAUUGGUUCAACUGCGGGGAGGUUGGGCAGGGUGUUCUUACCGAAUCAGGACAUCUCCACCUAAACGCUACUCAGACCAGGGACAGUCCAAAUGCUAUUUCGACACAUGGGAUGACAUUUCAAAGGACAAAAAAUUAUUACGCCCGAAAAGAAUCUAAGAAAGACAUUACUUGUACCCACACGUUUAUUCAGGAAAAGGAUGUCAAUGUUGGAAGUCGAUGUUUUGUGUGCUCUGAAUGUGGGAAAUAUUUUACCAAAUUUUCUAGCUUUUCUCUUCUACAGCAAGGUCACACUGGAGAAAGGCCUUAUCAGUGCAGUGAAUAUGGGAAAGCUUUUAGCAAUAGUAACAGCCUAAGUGAAUAUGAAGCUUUGCACACUGAAGAAAGGCCCUAUGCGCGCAGUGAAUGUGGAAAUCCUGUUACCAAUAGCACUGCCCUCCAUUAUGAUCAGAGCCUUCUCACUGCAGAAAGGCUUUAUGAGUGCAAUGAGUGUGGGAAAUCUUUUACUAGUAGCAGUAACCUUCAUUGUCAUCGGAGAAUUCACACUGGAGAAAAGCCUUAUAAGUGUAGUGAGUGUGGAAAGUCUUUUUCAACUUUCAAUGGUCGCAAAUAUCAUCAUUACAGAGUGCACUCUGGAGAAAGGCCUCAUCACUGCAGUGAAUGUGGGAAAUCUUUUAUCACUUUGUCUCACCUUCACAGUCAUCAGAGGGUUCACACAGGAGAAAAGCCUUAUAAAUGCAGUGAAUGUGGGAAAUCUUUUGCCCAGAGCGGUAGCCUUCUUUCUCACCAGAGCAUUCACACUGAAGAAAAGCCUUAUAUAUGUGUUGAAUGUGGGAAAGAUUACAACUGUUUCAUUAAACUUUGUCGUCAUCAAAGAGUGCACACUGGAGAAAGGCCUUUUCCCUGCAGUGAAUGUGGGAAAUCUUAUACCAGGCAAAGUGCACUUUGUCAGCAUCGGAGAAUUCAUAGAGGAGAAAAGCCUCAUAAAUGCAGUGAAUAUGGGAUGACUUUCAUCCAAAGCGGAGCUCUCCAAAAUCAUCUGAGAGUUCACACUGGAGAAAAGCCUUUUAAAUGCAGUGAAUGUGGGAAAUCUUUUACCACUAACUGUCAACUUCACAGUCAUCGGAGGGUUCACACAGGAGAAAAGCCUUAUAAAUGCAAUGAAUGUGGGAAAUCUUUUAUCACUAAUUUCAAACUUCACACACAUCAGAGAGUUCACACUGGAGAAAAGCCUUUUAAAUGCAGUGAAUGUGGGAAAUCUUUUUCCACUAAGUCUUACCUUCACGUUCAUCGGAGGGUUCACACAAGAGAAAAGCCUUAUAAAUGCAAUGAAUGUGGGAAUUCUUUUACCACUAAGUCUUACCUUCACAUUCAUCAGAGAGUUCACACAGGAGAAAAGCCUUAUAAAUGCAAUGAAUGUGGGAAAUCUUUUAUCACUAAUUUCAAACUUCACACACAUCAGAGAGUUCACACUGGAGAAAAGCCUUAUAAAUGCAGUGUAUGUGGGAAAUCUUUUACCACUAAGUCUUACCUUCACGUUCAUCAGAGGGUUCACACAAGAGAAAAGCCUUAUAAAUGUAAUGAAUGUGGGAAAUCUUUUACGACUAACUCUUACCUUCACAUUCAUCAGAAAGUUCACAUAGGAGAAAUGCCUUAUAAAUGCAAUGAAUGUGGGAAAUCUUUUACCACUAAUUUCAAACUUCACAGACAUCAGAGAAUUCACACUGGAAAACAGCCUUAUAAAUGCAGUGAAUGUGGGAAAUCUUUUACCAGUAACAAAAAACUUUGUCAUCAUCAGAGAGUUCACACUGGAGAAAAGCCUUAUCAAUGCAGUGAAUGUGGGAAAUCUUUUACCAGUAACAGUAAACUUUGUCAUCAUCAGAGAGUUCAUACAGGAGAAAAGCCUUAUAAAUGUAGUGAAUGUGGGAAAACUUUCCGUGAAAACAAAGCUCUCCAAAAUCAUCAGAGAGUCCACACUGGAGAAAAGCCUUUUAAAUGCAGUGAAUGUGGGAAAUCUUUUACCAGGAGCGAUGUCCAUCGCCGUCAUCAGAGAAAUCAUGCAGGACAGAAGCCUUAUAAAUGCAGUGACUGUGGGAAAACUUUUACUGAAAACGAAGCUCUCCAAAAUCAUCAGAGUGUUCAUAGAGGAGAAAUGCCUUAUAAAUGCAGUGACUGUGGGAAAUCUUUUACCUGUAACAGUAAACUUUGUCGUCAUCAGAGAGUUCAUUCAGGAGAAAAGCCUUAUAAAUGUAGUGAAUGUGGGAAAACUUUCAGUGAAAACAGAGCUCUCCAAAAUCACCAGAGAGUUCACACUGGAGAAAAGCGAUGUCCAUUGCCGUCAUCAGAGAAGUCAUACAAGACAAAAGCCUUAUAAAUGCAGUGACUGUGGGAAAUUUUAUACCAGUAGCACCAACCUUCACCAUCAUCAGAGAGUUCAUACAGGAGAAAAUGCUUAUAAAUGCAGUGAAUGUGGACAAUCUUUUACAACUAACUCUCACCUUCAUUGUCAUCAGAGAGUUUACACAGGAGAUAUUUGUAAAGAGUGUAAUUAAUGUGAGCUAUCUCUCAGCCUAAUUUGUAAAUUUGCUGUGCACAAAGGAGUCCGAAUGUGAAAAAUUUCUCAGAUGUGUUGAAAAUGUGGUUUCUUAGUUAGUACUUAACAGUUGUAUAUGAAAAUAUGUGAAGUCUCAUUAGUCUGAAAUUUAUCUCAUACAUUGAAUCAUGUACAUUGUGUAUCCUACCCGCAACUAUUUUUGCUCUUCUGUUUGCUUGUUUGUAUGUUGGAACCAUACGUAUGUAUGUUCGAAUUUUUAACAUAAAGAGCUGUCUUGCCAGGUGGAAGAA